GUCCUCUCUCUCGGUACCGAGCUGCCCCUACACUUUUUUCCUGAGCGAGCUACUAAUCCCCUGCGUCCAUGGUUUACUCUGAGCCCGUAUUUAAUUCCUCUAAACCCCCAGCUGCCGCCCUGGUUACUCACUGAACACGACAGACUGUGAACCGCUCUGGUUAUUAAUAAUUCACCAGCCGUCCGCUCCGCUCCGCUCCGUUUCUCCGGCCGCGGCCGCAUGCUGGACCCCGCACGGCACGUCCUCACUGCGCCGGUGCCUCCGUGCAGCCACGCUGUGUUUUCAAUUCGAGUUGUUUUUCUUACAUUUUUUUUUUUGGGGGGGGAUUUGCUCGAUGUCUCACAGAGGCAUACGCACAUUUCACCUCCUUGUUAACGUGUUUAGCCUAUAGGCAGUACCGGCUGGCAGUGCCCACCAAGCCCCGCUAUAGUCUCAUCAACUCUUUAUUGUUGCGACAUCCGCGCUGCCACAUGGUGAGUUCGGUUGUAGACGCUGUUCUCUCCGCGACUUUGUCCGGACACUGAGGAACAGGUGGGGGGGAGGACCGAGCGAGGAGGAACGUUUUCAUAUCAGCAAAGCCGGGAGCAUGCACAAGGGGGGAAAGCGCGCGGCGGCGUCCCAUCUGCAGGAGCAACAGCUGAUCUGGUGAGCGCGUAAACAGAGAGUGCAAAGCUACUUACUGUCGGUGCACGGCCACACUCCUGCUCUGUCACUCGGGCUCACACGGUGACUGUGUCGGUGUCGCAGAGCGCGGCGACUCGGUGGACAUUACGGUACCGGGACAAACUGGACAGAGAAGAGGCAAGCACAGCCUUGGAGCCGACCAUUUUCAUGGAAAUUUCACGAGUUGAAACCGAACAUAAACACCUUGCAUGAAGAAGUCGGGAAGCAGACGAUUUGGAUUACACAGCUCUGUCCUCCUUUGCCUUGAUUGAGAGGAGUUGACUACAAAUUACAAAAAAAAAAUGUUUAUCGGGCAACAGGCCGUGUAUUAGGGCUCUUUUGCUUCCGGUAUAAGGCCCAGCCGAACAAGAAACCGAGUUUUCUCUCUCCCACACACUUUUUUUUUUGGAAGCCGAACUUUUGAGAGUGGAAAAUGGGUCUUUGAGAGUGUUGGCACAUUUCCCUACACCACAAUGGCAACCGAAACCUUUCUGUUGAACGAAGAACCCUCCAGAGGUCCUGGGAUGCCUGAAUGCUUUGUAGUAUCAGAUUCAUACAGGUAUUACCCUACUCACCUUCUAAACAAUGCCUUAGUGGAUGAAUUUCAUCCCUUCAUUGAGGCCCUCCUCCCCCAUGUCCGUGCCUUCUCCUACACCUGGUUCAACCUGCAGGCCCGCAAGCGCAAGUACUUCAAGAAGCACGAGAAGAGGAUGACCAAGGACGAAGAGCGCGCGGUGAAGGACGAGCUGCUGGGCGAGAAGCCGGAGAUCAAGCAGAAAUGGGCCUCGCGCCUGCUGGCCAAGCUCCGCAAGGACAUCCGCCCCGAGUUCCGCGAGGACUUUGUGCUCACCAUCACGGGGAAGAAGGCGCCCUGCUGCGUGCUGUCCAACCCCGACCAGAAGGGCAAGAUCCGCCGCAUCGACUGCCUCCGCCAGGCCGACAAGGUGUGGCGGCUGGACCUGGUCAUGGUCAUCUUGUUCAAGGGCAGCCCCCUGGAGAGCACGGACGGCGAGCGGCUGGUCAAGUCGCCCCAGUGCUCCAACCACGGCCUGUGUGUCCAGCCGCACCACAUCGGAGUGACAGUCAAGGAGCUGGACCUCUACCUGGCCUACUUCGUCCACACACCAGAACAAUCAGGACAAUCAGACAACUCAAACCAGCAAGGAGACACAGACGUCAAGCCCCCACCAAAUGGCCACUUGAGUUUCCAGGACUGCUUUGUGACUUCAGGGGUGUGGAACGUAGCCGAGCUGGUCCGCGUUUCGCAGACCCCGGUUGCUACAGCGACCGGCCCCAACUUCUCCCUGGCUGACCUGGACAGCCCCGGCUACUAUAACAUCAACCAGGUGACCCUGGGACGGCGCUCCAUCACCUCCACCCCCUCCACCAGCUCCAACAAGCGCAAGUCCAUUGACGACAGUGAGAUGGAGAGCCCGGUGGACGAUGUCUUCUACUCGGGCCGUUCCCCGGCGGCGGGCAGCAGCUCCCAGUCCAGCGGUUGGCCUAACGAUGUGGAUGCAGUGCAACACCAUUUGGCCAGUGUGCAGGAGAGGAAGAUUAAGCAUGAGAGCGAUGGAGUGCAGUUUCCUUACCAUGGACUCUCAUCGCCUGGUUCUCUUAAGAAGCCGGGGAAAUUCGAUUUCAGCGCCCUCUCCUCCCAGACGAGGUCCCCCCGCAUGGCGUUCACCCACCACCCACUGCCAAUGCUGGCGGGAGUGAGACCAGGGAGUCCCCGUGCUUCAGCCUCGGCCUUGCACUUCCCGUCUCCCUCCAUCAUUCAGCAGUCUAGCCCAUACUUCACCCACCCAACCAUCCGCUACCACCACCACCCUGGACAGGACCCCCUGAAGGAAUUUGUGCAGUUUGUCUGUGCUGAUGGCUCGGGGCAGGCCGGCGGACAGCAUACUCCACGCCAGGCGCCACAGCUUCCAACAGGUUUGUCGGCAUCGGAUCACGGGACAACAACUUUCUGAACAUCCCGCAGCAGACGCAGUCUUGGUUCCUCUGACAAGAUCUGUGUACAAACCAGCAACUAGAAUUCUUUCUUUACAAUCGGAAAUAGAAAAACAGAGAAACAACCCGCAGGAUGAUAAUCGUCCUCCAACCACCCGACCCGCCGACCGGCCCUGACAGUACGUCUCAACCUGAUAACAAAAUAUAACCGAGCAACGCAGGAAAUUCCAGCAGCAUGACGCUUUUUAGAGGAACUCUGGACUCAUUUAUCCAGUCAGAGGGAGGACCCGUCUCGAGCAACGAGAUGGAUCGAGGGUAAAGAUGAAUGGAUGGACAAGAGGAUGCCCAGGAUAAAGAAGGGGUAAGGGGACAAACAGCAGCAAGCAGGUCUCUCCUAAAACAACCACCACCACCGAACCAGCAGCAACGCAGGAGGAACCCGA